AUGGGCGUGGACAAGAAGAUCAAGAAGUUCCUAAGAGAUGCCAUUAGAGUGGCGCCAAAGAUCUCAAACAAGGGUGAAUUGUUUGAGCUACGAAAUGGGUUGGUUUCUCCAUACCCACAAACGCGAAAAGACGCGAUUCGGAAGAUUAUCCAGCAGAUGACGUCGGGUAAAGAUGUGUCUUCGUUGUUCCCUGAUGUGUUGAAGAACAUUGCGACGCAGGACAUUGAGCAGAAGAAAUUAGUGUACUUGUACGUUGCUAAUUAUGCGGAGACGCAUCCUGAGCUUUGUAUUCUUGUGGUGAAUACGUUUGUGAGCGAUGCUGCGGACCCGAACCCUUUGAUUCGGUCGAUGGCUAUUCGGACGAUGUCUAUGAUUCGGGUGGACAAGAUCUUGGAAUACAUCGAGAUUCCGCUCCGGAAGACACUUCAGGACGACAAUCCGUACGUGAGACGUACGGCAGUGCUUUGUGUGGCGAAAUUGUUCCAAUUGAACAAGACUCUCUGCCGGGAAUUGGGUGUGUUGGACGAUUUGCAAAAUGCGUUGUUGGACGAGAAUCCGAUCGUGGUUGCGAAUGCGUUGGCAGCGUUGCAUGAGAUCGAUGAGAUGGACCCCGGGUGCAUCAACCUCAAGAAGUUGAUCUCGCAAAACGUCAAGCGGUUCUUGAACGUGUUGAAUGAGUGUACCGAGUGGGCGAGAAUCACGAUCUUGGAAUCUCUAGCGGAGCACAAAUCGAUUGACCCGAUGGAAUCACAGGAAAUCGUUGAUAGAGUCGUGCCACACUUGCAGCACGUAAAUCCGUCUGUCGUUUUGAUUAGUGUCAAGUGUAUUCUAAUGCAUAUUCCGAACCUGAACACCGUUAGCGAGUCGCUUUACAACAAGCUUUCGACUGCGUUAGUGUCGUUGAUGUCCACUCCGGUGGAGAUCCAAUACGUGGCACUAAGAAAUAUCAGAAUCAUAUUAGAGGCGUUCCCCAACCUAUUGAGGAAAGAGUUACGGAUAUUCUACGUGAAGUUCAACGACCCAUUGUACCUCAAGGUUGAGAAGUUGGACAUAUUGGUGAGGUUGGUCCCCGAGAAUAACUCGAAGCUAUACACAAUGUUGUUCAACGAAUUGACCGAGUACUCGAAAGACUUCGACCACGAGUUUGUCACAAAGGCCAUCCAGGCGAUCUCGCAGUUGGCCAUCAAGGUUUCCAACGGCGGUCACGAUACGAAUAACAAGUUUUUGAACUCAGUUGUCGACGAACUAGUGUCGAUGUUACAACAAGACGGUAGGGAAGAAUACAGGGAUGCCAUCAUGAUCAGUAUCGGUGAUUUGUUCCGUCACGAUAGCGAAGGUAAUUUGAUCGCAGAAACAUCUAAAAAUGAGUUAAGUGCCAUUGUAUCGUCAUGGCAAGACGUGGAGACCAUCUUCUCAUCGGAUCUAGGGAAAUGCAAUUACUUCUGGUUCUUGGCUAACUUUACCCAAUGCGACGUGGAAUCCAAGCUACGUUCUACGGUAGAAGUGUUCGACGAACAAGGGCCUUUGACCCAGAUGUCUAUCCUAAUGUGCGUAGUGAAAUGCCACAAUUCCGCGUCAAGCAGCUUCUUGCAAGAAGUAUUGGACUUGUGUACUUCAGAAGUGCACGAUUUGGACAUUAGAGACAUGGCAAUGAUGUACUGGAGGUGUCUAUCGAUUGACAACGGUGACCAAGUUAUUAACCAGUUGUUCGAUAGGUUUGAAAUCCCCAAGCUACACUCAACGUUGAGCUCUUUCUCAAAGGAAACUUUACAGAUCCUACUUCAAGAACUAUCGAUGCUCUCAUCAGUCUACUUCAAACCACUAUCACAAAUGAGACGUCGUGCUAACGACCUAGAUAUUAUCAAAGACAAGGACAUCGAUGAGCUAAAGGGUAUGGCAACGAACGAGAUCCUGAAGAAUAUGAACGAAGAUGUGCUUCUCGACAUGGACGACUCGCCCACAGCCACAAACUCCACUGUGCUCGACGAGUUGAACGAUCUUUUCGAUAUCACUGGUGAUAUGAACAAGGUUUCGAUAUCCGGAGGUAACAACAGUUCAAAACCUGCAGCAAACUCAAACUCAAACUCAAAAUCGCACGUCACGGACCUCUUAGACUUGAUGUAA